AUAUAAAACUAAAUCAAUUAGACUUUAAAGCAGUGGCGUGACAUCACGCUACAUGUCGGUAGAUGUCAUUUUUCUCAGUUUCUGACAGCUACUGUCACGGUAGCCUGCAGUUAGCUCAAAGUAGCUCACGGGUAGCUCACAAUAGUUCUCCCCCGGGAGACCCACAGCAGUCAAAGUUAUCACAAUGGCUCAAUUCGGUCAUAGAGGCAAUAGCUCUCCAAUAGCCACAAGCCAUAGUAGUUAACAGUAGUUAAAUAGGCAAGUGCAAACGUGGGAUGAUUUGAAUAUGAUUUAUAUCACCACCCCGAACACACAUCGUCGAACGAACCUCCUGCACCACACAUCAUGUCUUCCAUGCCACAGCAUAAUUACAUGAUUGAAGACCCCUUGUCUGAGUCUCCAGGAAUGCUGGGGGAGGCAUCCAUUUUCUUUCAUGACGGGAUGGACGAAGAAGAACUCUUUCUUACCCCGCUCAAUGGGGAUAAUAUGCUCCAGUUCAAUGAGCAACCAUGGCAAAACCCAGACAUAAUGACCGGCAACAGCACUUCAGCACAAUCAUGGCCAGUCUCGGCGGACAUGACCCGCAACGACUCUUCGGCCACGUCUCAAAGCCAUCAGUCGAAUCAGUCGUUCAAUUUUCCCGCGACAGCUGAAGAGGUGCAAACGACAGCUCUUCGUUCCGUCGAAUUGCCACUGAAGACCUCAGCGUCGCCGUCUCCAGCAAGCUUGCUCGCCAGCACAUCUACUUCGGGUAUGCGGACAAGAAAGCGCAAAACAUCGCCUCUCACUGAUGACGACGAAGAGGAAGACGGGACCCCUGAAUCGCCACCACAGAAGCCACCCAUGAAGAAAACCGCCCACAACAUGAUUGAGAAGCGGUAUCGAACAAACCUGAACGAUAAAAUUGCAGCGUUGAGACAGAGCGUCCCGAGUCUCCGAGCCACGGAAAAGAACCUGGGUGCGGGUGGGAAAGGGGCCAGAAAUUUGGUCAAUGUCAUGGAGGACUUGGAUGGAUUGAUCCCACCGAACAAGCUGAACAAGGCUACGAUCCUUUCCAAAGCCACGGAAUAUAUUGGCCAUCUCGAGCGCCGCAACAAAUCUCUCCAGAGUGAGAAGGCGUCUCUCCUUGAUCGUAUCAGUACGUUUGAGAAUCUUCUCCUUGGGAGGAAACAUCAUGGCCAACAGAUAUACCAUCCGGACCAGCUCCUUAUGCAGCAGCACCAAAUGAUGGACCGCGGCAAUGCCAAUCAACGCCCCAACAGAAAUUAGUUGCUGUUGGAGGCCACGGGGGACUAUGCGUAUCAGCGUUGUUUACAGGUUCACAGUAACCUCUUGUUUUAAUAAUAUUUCUCAGUCACACGGUUUAAACCUGUGUCAGCUAGUUAAAAUACACACGCUGUCCCUUUGACCACGGGAACCUUCUUCUUGGCCAGUGCUUCCUCUCUCCAAGCCCACAUAGCUGUCAUCGCAGCUCCUGG